AGAUGGCUGCCCGGUGACUUCCCCCGGAUGCAGGAAGUGCAGGAUCCUGGACUGGAGGAGUCGAGGCUGGUGCUGGGAGGAGACGCUGUCAUCAUGUUGCAAUUCUUGCUGGGAUUUGCCUUUGGGAACGUGGUGGGGAUGUACCUGGCGCAGAAUUAUGAAGUGCCCGACAUUGGGAAAAAAGUUUCAGACUUUAAAAAGGAUCUGGAAGAAAAAAAGAAGAAACCUCCGAGCGAUUAACCUUCUAAAAGUUUCCUGACGGGAUAUCCCUCCCUAUCUAGUAGACGCCCUUUGUAUCUAUAUGCUCCUGCGUGGAGAUGGGACAGAGGACAUGUGUCCCUACAGAGGAUCUCGCCCAGACAGAGUCUCCGUACAGCACAGAACUGUGUUUUCUUUUUGGUUUCCAGAGAUCUCCCAAACUCCCCGUCCGCUGUGCACGGUGGUGGGCAAUGUGCUGGGACAGGUAUUAAAACAUUAGGCGGGAAUGUUCGACAAUCAAGUCACCGCUGCUUUUAGCUCUGUUGGGUUUAAUAAAGUGAUAUCUUUAUUGUAA